CACAAUUUGUGCGAAACCGGUCAAUUUGAUCUGCAAACGAUUGUUUUUCUGUAGUAAUCUCAAAUAUGUCCCUAUUAUUGCGAAAAACUCGGUCUCUUCAGGUAUGUUUUCAACGUCACAUGAGUGUUGUUGCGUCUGUGCUAAGAUUCAACGAAUUCGGAGAUCCUCCUAAAGUGGUAAAGCUCGAGAAAGAAACACUGCCUGAACCAUCCUCUGGUGAGGUGUUAAUCAGAACAUUAUACGCUCCAAUAAAUCCUGCCGAUAUUAAUACUAUACAAGGAAAGUAUCCGGUAAAACCUCCAUUUCCGGCAGUCGGUGGUAAUGAGUGCGUAGCGGAAGUUGUGGCAGUUGGUGAUCAAGUGUCCCGACUGGCAGUAGGUGAUCAUGUGGUUACGUUUGCUACCGGGCUGGGAACUUGGCGUACACAUGCAGUCUACAGCCAAGUUAAUCUUAUGAAGGUACCGAAAACAGUAGGACUAGCUGAGGCUGCCACACUGACAGUGAACCCGUGUACGGCAUAUCGCAUGCUAAAGGAUUUUGUUCCACUGAAAACAGGUGAUUCAGUAAUACAGAAUGGUGCAAAUUCUGCCUGUGGGCAAGCCAUCAUUCAGCUGUGUCGUGCCUGGGGCGUUGGUUGUGUUGGUGUAGUUCGAGAUAGACCGGAUUUUGGCAAACUAAGGGACUAUCUUAAAAACCUAGGUGCAGCGGAAAUCAUUACGGAGGAGGAACUGAGGACGACAAAAAUCUUCAAGGAUGGAAUAUUCAAAAAACCUAAGUUAGCCUUGAACUGUGUUGGAGGAAAAAAUGCCCUAGAAGUGUCCCGUCAUCUCGAUAACGGUGGGAUCAUGGUAACCUAUGGCGGAAUGUCACGAGAACCGGUUACGGCCUCAACGGCAUCUUUGAUUUUCAAAGAUUUGAAGUACUGCGGAUUUUGGAUGACUCGGUGGACGAAGAAGAACAGCCAAAGCGUAAAACGAACGGAGAUGUUUGAUGAGUUGUUCGGAUUGAUCGAAAAGAAAGCAUUGGUAGCACCAGCACAUGAACUGAUUGCAUUUGAAGAUUAUGAAAAAGCUUUAAAAAACGCACUCGAUAUUCAGGGAUUUAUAGGGAAAAAAUAUUUAUUUAAGUUUUGAAGGCACUUGAUUGCGAUGUAAAAAUAAGUAUAGUAGGUAAUACCAUCGCUGAAAUAUAUGUUGCAUUUUUGACUGUUAAUUUGGUUUAAUUUCUUUAACCUACCAGAUAAAAUCGAAUUUUUUUAUGGAACGAAACAAAUGAUACAAAUGCUACUUUUUGUAAAAACCAGCCUAAAACUACAUACAACAAAAACUAGUAUUUGCAAAAGUAAAAAUACCCUUAGGGUUUAAAAGGGUAAAAAGACGACUGUUUCUUCAAACGCAAGCGGUAAACAAACAAGUUUUAAAAGUAAUAUUAGGUAUAUAAAUAUACGCUUAUUUAAUACAUGUUGCAUUGUUUACUGAAAUUCCAAUGAAAUAUUCUAAAGUAUAAAUUGUUGAAGGAGAUGCUACACAGCACGAACAAAACUUAACGCUAGAAAAUAUUGGUCGGAUUGUUACUUUGUUGUUAUAAUUUAGUUGAGAUUUAAGA